AUGGCAACUAAUUCCAGUGCAAAGCAAUAUAAGACUCUUGGCGAGGAUGUGUGGAAGAACAAGGUCGAGAAGAUUAAUGCAGAGCUCUUUACUUUGACAUACGGCUCCUUGGUUGUCCAGCUAGUUAAAGACUAUGAAGAUUAUAAUGAGGUCAAUAAGCAACUUGAGAAGAUGGGUUACAACAUUGGACAACGCGUUAUUGAGGAUUUCCUGGCAAGAUCUGGUAUUGGUCGUUGUUCUGAAUUUAGGGAUACAGCUGAAGCUGUUUCCAAGGUCGGAUUCAAAAUGUUCCUGAAUAUUACUCCAACUGUGACCAACUGGACAAGCGACUUUAAAGAGUUUUCUCUUGUGUUUGAUGAGAAUCCACUGGGAGAGUUUGUAGAGUUACCUGAUGAGGCUUUAGAAGGUGGUUUGUGGUAUUCAAACAUUUACUGUGGUAUUAUUCGUGGUGCUCUUGAAAUGGUUCAAAUGCAAGUCGAGACUCAUUUUGUUAGCGACGUGUUGCGGGGUGAUGAUUUGACCGAGAUUCGUGUCAAAUUGGUUCGUUAUCUUGAAGAAGAAGUACCUGUGGGUGAAGAUUAAGCUGUUUUAAAGAAAGACAAACGAGAGGAUUUGUAGUGUACAUGAAGAGAAAGAAGAAGAAAAGAAACUUUAGUAUUAUUAUUAUC